AUGGCGGCGACAAAUCUGGCGCGCCGACGCCAGCGACCCACGUCGGGCAAUCUGAGGCUCCGGCGGUUGACCCAGGCGUAUCUGGCCCCGUCCGGCUACGUGAACCCGAGCCAGGCGAGUGUGCUCAGCAAGAUGGACGCGAUUUAUGAUACUGUCGAAUACCUCAUCCUGGAGCAACAGAGCGUCACGAGCGGCCUUUUCCCGCGAUAUUCAAAAGACAAGGAUGUUGGCUACGUGAAGGACAGCAUCUACUGCGCGCUCGCCUGCUGGGCCAGCUCGAUCGCUUACAAGAGACUCGAUGACGAUCGUGGCCGCGAGACAGAGCUCCGGCAAACGGCCGUCAAGACGAUGCGCGGGAUCCUUUUCUCGUGGAUGCAACAGUCAGAAGCGCUCAACAAAUUCAAGUCGAACAACUCGCCCGAGCACGCGCUACACUCUCGUGUUGAUCUCCAGACCGGGAUGACGCUGGCGACGCCAAACGAAAAGAGCUACGGCCACCUACAAAUGGACCUGGUGGCACUGUGGCUGCUCGCUGUUGUACAAAUGAUCGUGGGAGGCGAAAAGGUCAUCUACACGCACCACGAGGUCCAGUUCGUGCAGAAUCUGGUCUUCUACAUCGAGCGCACGUACCGGACCCCCGAUUUCGGGAUGUGGGAGCGCGGGACGAGAUAUAACAAAGGCGACCCGGAGCUUCAUGCGAGCAGCGUGGGCAUGGUCAAAGCAGCCCUGGAAGCGGUGAACGGCUUCAACCUGUUCGGCUCGUACGGCACAUCCUCGUCGGUCAUCUACGUCGAUAUUGAUGGGCACAACAGAAAUAGGACGACCUUCGAGACGAUUUUGCCUAGGGAAUCGGCUUCGAAGACCACCGAUGCCUCGCUGGUGAUGACCAUCGGCUGGCCGGCGUUCGCCACCCACGACACGGCGCUUUUCUCGAAGUCAAUGGAGAAGAUCUACAAGCACUUGGAGGGGAGAUUUGGCGUCCGGAGGUUUUUGCGCGACGGCUACCGCACUGAAAUCGAAGACGCGUCCCGGAACCAUUACCACGACCACGAGACGUCCCGUUUUCACAACAUCGAGUCGCAAUUUCCGAUGUUCAUCUGCGUCAUGUAUAUUACAGCCAGCAUUCGCGGCGACACCGAGGUGGCGAACCGCUAUUGGGAGAAGCUGCAGGAGCUGCUCAUCGACGAUAUGGACGUUCCCGGCGCCAAAAUCCUACCCGAGUGCUACGUGGUCGACGAGCUGAACUACCAGCAGGAGCGCCGGCAGCCGAAUUCCACCGAUUUGUACCCCCAGAACCCGUCGGAAUUUGGGCAUCAUCUGUGGACGAAUUCGUUGUACAUCAUCGCGCUGCUAUUACGCGAAGGCCUCGUCCACGCCGGUGACAUCGACCCGAUGACGCGUCAUCUACCCGCUAGCCAGCGCCCAAAGAUCUUCAUCAAGCAUAGCGCUUUUCAGGGUUCGAUGGAGGGCGACCCCGUCGUCCAAAUUGCGCUGAUCGCCGAGUCCGCUCGGCUCCAGAUGACGUUGUCGACUUACGGUAUCGCCACCCAGACCCCGCAUGAGGUCGAGCCGGUCCAAAUUUGGCCGAGUUGGCGGCUGGUGAAGGUCUUCGAAUGCCUUGGACGAGACCCAAAGCUCCUGCUCGACGGGAGACCCCCAAGACCGUUCGGGCCAUUGUCGACAUCCAAGGUGUACCGCGUAUUCGGUGACACCGUGAUGUGCUACCCGCUGCUCUUCGAGGUCAAAGAUUUCUAUGUGGCCUCCGAUCCGGCGAUUCUAAUUGACGAUAUCAAGCACGAAAUCGAGUUCAUCGCCCGUCGUUGGAAGCUGUCGGGAAGGCCGACGAUGUGCGUCUUGUUACGUGAGGAAAACGUGCUCGGCCCCUACUUCGACCAUAUGAUGGACCUGCUCGUGCAGCUGAAGAAUGGCUUCGUCGGCGGGAUCAGGGUUCGGCUCGGCAGGGUUCAUCAGCUUCUGAACUCGGCCUGCAUCGAGCACGUCGACUUUGCGAACUCGGAUGACGUGGAGUUUGAUAUCGACAAGUUAGAGGAAGACGAUGGCCCCGGCUCGGAUUAUCGAUCGAGGACGAGCUUGAAAGAGGCGGCUAAUGACGACGAGACGGUGGUGGAGUCCGACUUCACGUCGAUGAGCGACCACGCGUUGUAUGAAGUUCUCGUCCAUGACGAGCCGGAAAAGCUGCGCGCCACCGCUUUUGCCAUUGUGGCGUUUUGGCGACGAGCCGGACCCGAUUUCAUGAUUGGAACAACCACACUCCGGGAGCGGCUCGAGAAAAUCUACCGCACCGCUUGCCAACUGCGGCUGUGGUGGCUAGUUCGAUACUGCGCCGGCCACCUCCAGAAAAGCGUGAACAGCCUGGCGCCGUCGAUUACCAACCUGUUAGUGCGUGGCAAACAG